AUGUGUACUGGACCUCGUCUUAGACCAGUCCUCAAGCAUCUUGGAAGGGGCCUCCUCACUUACAAGCCGAAGGAGCACUGUGUCAGCACGGCCCCCGGCCUUCAACCGACAUUUUUGAUCGAAGUAAAGCCAUCCCCGCGCCAUUUCGUCCCCAAUUUCUCUCUCCAACUCCCGCAUCACCACCAGAUGCCCGGCGGCGUGUAG